AUGCGAGCCGCUAGUUCAGCUGUGGGAAUGUUGUUGGAUAGAAUAGAGAUUAUUUGCAAUUACCUCAAAGGAGUGGGAGAGGGUAGAUUCCCUCCGAAUGAUGAGAUUAUUAGAGAGGCAAAUAAGAUCUGUCAACGUCUUCCGCUUCUGAAGCCUGCCGAUUUUGACGAAGGGUUCAAGGCGCAGGAAAGAGAUGCACGGGCGGCAAUGUUGCUGGCACGAAUGACAGAGAUAUGUGGCACAUUGAGUAGUCUUCAGACAAAGACGAAUAUUCUCGGUUCAAUUACUGCUUGGCGGAACAUUGCUACUGUUCCGACGCAACAGUUGAAGAAAAAGUCUCAACGGGCGACCGCUUCGGCCACCCCUGCAGCGCCUAUAGCUGCUGACGUCGGAACAAAUCAUGUGAUGAAUCAUUCUCCAGACGCAUUCAUGUGA